AGGGAGCCAACAGCUAUGGACAACUGGGACAAGGGCAUAUAGAUGACAAGUUUUUGCCUACUCUUUUGCCAACAAAUGAAUGCAUCUUUUCUUUGAGUGGUGGUGGAGGACACACCCUUGCAAUAACAGAAACUGGGAAGUUAAUGUCAUGUGGUUGGAACAAUAAGGGUCAGUUAGGUCUUGGUCAUACUAACAACAUCUUCAAUCUGUCUUAUGUAGACCUCCCUAGUAAAAUCAUCAAGGCUGCAGGUGGUUGGGAUUUUACUCUGUGUCUUACUGAAGAUAAUAACCUCUAUACCUGGGGUAGCAAUGCAUUCGGUCAGCUUGGUAGUGCAGAAGUGAAAGGAUGUACAUUACUGCCAAUUCAAAUUAAUGGAGCCUUUAAAGUGAAAGAUAUAUCUGCUGGUCUGCGGCAUGCUAUAAUUGUUACAGACAAGGGAGACAUUUUUACAUGGGGAUUUGGUAAGAAUGGCCAACUAGGUCAUACACACCAACAGGAUGUAAGCAGUAAAAGGCCAAGCCAUGUAUAUCCCAACCCUGAAGCUCUUUCACUGCCGGAAUCAAUUGGACAACCAAUUAUGGUAAUAGCCGGCUCUCACCACAGUGGCUUUUUAACCAACACUGGUCAAGUUUGGAUAUGGGGUUGCAAUAAAUAUGGACAGUGUGCUAGAGACUUAGAUGUAUGCAAAGUACAAAGUCCCUGUGCUGUACCCCAAGGAUUCUUUAACAAUGAGAAGAUAGUAUUGUUGAAAGGUGGUUGGACUCACAUGUUAGCUGUAACAGAAUCAGGUGCGGUGUAUAGUUGGGGUCGAGGUGAUUACGGCCAACUUGGCAGACCUUGUAAUGCGAAAUGUGAUCCUCGACCACAGAAAAUAGUGGGUUUACAGAAUCUAGUCACAUUGUGCUGUGGUUCUGAGCAUAACAUGGCAAUUACAGAAGAUUGUAGAUUCUUGUGCUGGGGUUGGAAUGAACAUGGAAUGUGUGGAACUGGGGAUGAGGUCAAUGUUGACCUUCCAAGGCCUGCACAACUGGAUGUAAUUAAGACUAUGCAUUUAACAUCUGUUUGCUGUGGCUCUGGGCACUGUUUCCUGUCAUGUCAAGCUACAUAAAG